CGCAGCAAAAGUACUCAAAGACAGCUAAACACCAUGGCCUUUUCCUCUGCAGCCAUUGUUUUCAUUUCUUCCCUGGUCUUCUCCCUCCUUCCUCCUGCAUAUCCUGGAGAGCUUUUCGUAGAUCACAGAAACGUCUCGGUCCCUAAAUCGGACGUGAACCUGUUAGAGUUUCCACUGAAUCUAGAGUAUUUAGAGGCUGAGUUUUUCCUGUAUGGUGCUUUGGGCUAUGGCCUGGAUAAAGUUGAUCCGAGUUUAACCAUGGGAGGUCCAUCUCCCAUUGGUGCCAAAAAGGCCAAUCUUGAUCCUUUCACCAGAGAUGUAAUCCUACAAUUUGCUCUCCAAGAAGUCGGACACUUGAAGGCAAUUAAGAAGACAGUGAAGGGAUUUCCGAGACCACAACUUGAUUUGAGUGCAUCAUCGUUUGCAAAAUUGAUGGAUCAUGCAUUCAAGAAGCCAUUGGUGCCCCCUUUUGACCCUUAUGCCAACAGCAUCAACUACCUGAUAGCUUCCUACGUAAUUCCUUAUGUUGGACUCACUGGAUAUGUUGGUGCAAACCCAAAACUCCAGGGUGCUAUUUCCAAGAGGCUGGUUGCAGGCCUCCUAGGGGUAGAAUCUGGCCAAGAUGCUGUCAUCCGAGGAUUGCUAUAUGAGCGGGCAGUGGAGAAGGUUCAUCCAUAUGAGGUAACUGUUGCAGAAUUCACAAAUCGCAUUUCACACCUAAGGAACAGGCUGGGACAUGCUGGGUUGAAAGAUGAAGGCCUUAUAGUUCCCAAAAUUUUGGGUGCUGAAGGAAAAAUCAGUGGCAACGUGCUUGCUGGCGAUAAAUUUUCCGUUUCAUAUGACAGGACCCCGGAGGAGAUCUUGAGAAUUGUUUAUGGAAGCGGCAAUGAAAGCGUCCCUGGAGGGUUCUAUCCCAAGGGAGGCAAUGGCCGUAUUGCCAGGUCUUAUUUACACAGUGCCAAUCGCUAUACCUGAGUAGCUGCAGUCUGGUUGUUUUAGGCUAGUCCGUCAUGUUUCUCUUGGAUUAAGAACUAGCGCAAAUAAUUUGUACUACCAUAAUUUUUUAUAAUGAAAAUAAUUUGAAUUAGAGAGUUAAGAUUCUCCUGGCUAUCAA